CAAUAUUGGAGUCUCCUUGAUGUUUGUCGGAGCCAGGGGUAGUUUCCGUAGAGCUGCUAGAAGUAUAAGAGCAGACCAUCAGGACCUCAAAAAGAGUCUCAGUUUCUUACCAUCAUCACCAACACCUUACGUACUUUACGCUCAGUGUCUCUCAGACAGUCUUGCCCCAAUUACCAACACUCACAAGCCCCAACACCAGCACGAUGCCUCGCUUCCAGGAGGGAAACACUGCUGCCGAGCUCGCGGCUCACUACGCACCCUCCAUCACCGGCAAGACCAUCCUGACCACAGGUGUCACCCCCGAAUCCAUUGGCGCUCGCUACACCGAAGCCCUCGCAUCCCAUGCCCCCAAGCUACUCAUCCUAGCCGGCCGCUCACUAUCCAAACUCCACAAGCAAGUCGAGAUCCUCACUCAGGCGAACCCCGACGUCAAGACUCGCCUCCUCCAGGUCGACCUCGCCAGCAUCGACUCCGUCACCAAGGCCGCCGCUGAAGUCAACAGUUGGACCGACGUACCCACCAUCGACAUUGUCCUCAACUGUGCCGGCAUCAUGGCCGUCCCAUACGCCCUCAGCGUCGACGGUAUCGAAAUGCAGCUCGCCGCCAACCACAUUGGCCACUUCCUCCUCACCAACUCCAUCGUGCCCAAGCUCCUCGCGGCCAAGGUCACACCACGCGUCAUCAACGUCUCGAGUAACGGCCAUCGCUUGAGUGCCAUGCGCUGGGGUGACAUCAACUUUGACGGCGGCAGGACGUACGACAAGUGGGUAGCCUACGGACAGUCCAAAACGGCUAACAUGCUCUUCUCCCUCGCCCUAGCUAAGAAACUCGGUAAGCGUGGGCUGUUGAGCUUCAGUGUUCACCCUGGUCUCAUCAUGACGACGGGACUGGCGACACAUUUAGGUUGGGUCGCUGAGGGAGAGGAUGAUGCCAUGACGACACUACUGAAGAAGGACCAGGAGCUCGGCAACGAGGUCGGUUUCGGUGACGCCUGGUCCAAGCUCGUCGUGCCUGUCUCCUCCGAAGCCGGUGCCGCGACGCCAAUGUACGCCUCUUUCGACCCGGAGCUCGAGGCGCACAAUGGCACGUACCUUGAAAAAUGUCGUCCUUCGGAUCCCAUGAAGGAUAUUUUUAGGCCGUGGGGACGAGACGAGUAUGAGGCGGAGAUGCUCUGGGCGUUGAGCGAGAAGCUUACGGGGCGAAAGUUUGACUAUUGAAGAGGUUCAAUGGUGAUUGCCAUGAUGGGUCCUUUAUUGAGGUGUCUUGGGAUUUUGGUGUUGUGCAGGUG